AUGGCCUCUGUCUUGGAGCUCACCCGCAUCUACUCAGCCCUCAUCCUGCAGGAUGAUGAAGUCCCGGGCACAGAGACUAAGAUCAAUGCCCUCAUUAAAGCAGCCAGUAUGAAUGUUGAACCUUUCUGGCCAGGCUUGUUUGCAAAGGCCCUGGCCGAUGUGAGCAUCAGGAGGCUCACCUGCAAUGUAGGGACUGGUGGACCUGCCCCAGCAGGAGGUCCUGCUCCAUCCACCUCUGCUGCCCCAGCUGAGAAGAAAGUGGAAGCCAAGAAAGAAGAAUCAGAGGAGUCUGAUGAUGACAUGGGCUUUGGGCUUCUUGACUAA